UAGCAAACACUUCUUAUUAUAACAUGAGAAUCAAUACUAGGAAUUUUUUAAGGAGGCAACUUCUCCCAAUAUCCUUGUCCAAGUCAUCAAUAUCGAAGAAUUUCAAGAGAAAAAAAGGAAAAAAAAAGGACAGUAAGACGAAUGAAAAAAUUGCCACAAAUUCUUAAUCUUGUACACUGAAUUGAAUUCUUAAAAAGAAAAUAAAAAAAUUUGGUCAAAUUAAAAAUCAAAUCAAAAAGAUAGAAAUUACCCAAAAAGAUGCUACAACUACAAUGUUGAUUUCUCUAAGAUUAAACUUUUAAUCAUCAAUCAAUUCUCAAUUCUCAAUUCAUUCAUUCUCAAGUGGGUUUUUUUUUCUUCUACACGAAAUCGGGUUCGGGUAAACAAAAAGCACAAAAAAAAUCGCCAUUCUCAAAAAUCCCCUAUUCAAUUCCAAUCCAAAAUCCCUAAUCUCAAAUUUUCUCUCAACUUCAUCACUUUCUCUCUCCUCUUUUGAUUUCUCCGACACCAUGUUCGUUGCCGGUUAAUAAAUCGCCGGCAAAACCUCUUUAACGUGGUUUAUUUUGGUUUAAGAUUUCUUCCGGUUUUUCUUAACUUACGAUUUUUUAGAAACCCUAGUUUGAGAAAUUUUGCACCUUUUGAUCGAAUUUUCCGCCGGAAAAGCGCCAAUUUUUAGUGUGUAAGUUGAGUUUUGAGUUGAAUCUUGAAUUUGUUUGUUUUUAAUUAGUUUUGGGAAGUGUAAGAAAAGGGUUGGAUCAAGUUGGAAAAUUCUGGGUUUUUAUUUUUGAAGCUGGGUAAUGGAGGAAUUGAGCGUUUUUGUGGCUAGUAUACUUGCAAAAGAAACGAAACGAAGAAGAAGGGAUUUGUGAAGUUGCUCUAAUUUUGCUGAAUUAGAAGUUCAGUUUUUGUUUUUGGGGUUAAUAAUUUAAUAUAAGAAACAUGAUGUUGCAUAAUAGUAGUAAUGGUAAUACUCAAGGAAGUUCGAAACAGAGUUGUAGUGUUCUUGCUGUUUUUUGUGAUAGUGAGCUUAGAGAGUGGGAAAGUGAGGAUCGGCUGAGGUACCCUUUUCCUGAGCUAGCAUCUUCGAGCCGGUUCGAGGUUAGGACUUUGAAAAAUCCGAGCUUCGAUGAGUUUGGGAGAACCCUUGAAUCAUUGAAGCCAAGUAUUGUGUACUUACAAGGGCAGCCAUUGCCCAAUGAUGAAAUUGGGCCUUUAGUGUGGGAUGGUGUUGAUUUGUCUCAUGAUGAAGCGAUAUCCGAGCUUUUUGAUCAUGUAUUGCCUACUACGGUUUAUUUGGAGAUUCCCAAUGGUGAAAGAAUUGCAGAUGCUAUUCAUUCUAAGGGGGUACCCUAUGUCAUAUUUUGGCGGAAUGCAUUUUCUUGUUAUGCUGCUGCUCAUUUUCGACAGGCAUUGUUUUCAGUUGUACAGAGUUCUCCAUGUCAUACAUGGGAUGCUUUCCAACUGGCUCAUGCAUCAUUUCGACUUUAUUGCAUCCGGAAUAAUUCAGUGGUUCCAAGAAACAGUGAAAAGGCUGGCGGUAAGCUGGGUCCAUCUCUUCUUGGGGAGGCUCCUAUUAUCGAAGUUGCUUUGCCGGAGGUUGAUGAUGGUGAUGAAGAAGAUGGUUCCGAGAGUAAUCUUUCUGCUGUUAAGAUCCAUGAUGAUGAUGUGAGUGUGAGAUUUCUGAUAUGUGGAGAAGCAUGCUCACUGGAUGCAUAUUUGUUGGGAUGUCUGGAGGAUGGACUGAAUGCACUUUUAGGAAUCGAAAUGCGUGGGAGCAAGCUUCAUAACCGCUUCAGUGCUCCACCACCACCACUGCAGGCAGGUACAUUUUCACGUGGUGUUGUGACCAUGAAAUGUGACAUAUCUACCUGUAGUGCUGCACAUAUCUCUCUCCUGGUGUCUGGGAGUGCACAAACUUGCUUUGAUGAUCAGCAAUUGGAAAAUCAUAUAAAGAAGGAGGCCAUUGAAAGAAGUCAGCUCAUCCAGGCAGUACCUUCUUUGGAAGAUAAUAAUCUACCUUCAUCAGAGCCUAGGACAUCUGUCUCAAUUGCUUGUGGUGCAACAGUUUUUGAAGUAUGCCUGAAAGCACCUUCAUGGGCCUUGCAGGUAUUGCGGCAGCUAGCGCCGGAGACUUCUUACCGUAGUCUGGUAGCCCUUGGGAUUGCAAGCAUUCAAGGGAUUGCUGUUGCUUCCUUUCAGAGAGAUGAUGCUGAACGCCUUCUUUUUUUCUGUACAAGACAGGAGAAAGAUAGGCAUGCACAUAGUGAUUUCACUUCUCCACCUAGUUGGCUUAGACCACCUCCACCAAGCAGAAAGAAUUCUGAAACAGGUCAAGUAUCAAGCCCUUGCUCACGUAACUGUUUCAUGUCUGAAAAUCAAGUUGCUACAACAAGAGCUGUACAAGUAGAUAAAGAUACUAGAUUCUUUAAUGGGGCUUAUAGUCCUGUUGUUCCCAUUCGGCAGAAGCUAAAAGUAGCAACAAUGAGGCCCAUACCUCACACUAAUAUUCGAAAAAUGAUGCCUUUUACUGGGAUAGUACAAACGGAUAGUUAUGAUACUGGUCAAGUAAAGCCCAUCUUACCAGCUAUUCUACCGACCAAGCAUAGUGUCUCGGCAUCAAAUCCCGCACCAAGAAGGUCAUCAAAUGUCUAUCAGGCCAAGCAGAUCAUAUCCUUAAAUCCAAUACCCUUGAAGAAACAUGGUUGUGGUAGACCACCUAUCCAGCUAUGCUCAGAGGAGGAGUUCUUGAAAGAUGUAAUGCAAUUUCUUAUGCAUCGCGGACACACUCGGCUUAUCCCUCAAGGUGGACUAGCAGAGUUCCCUGAUGCCAUUCUCAACUCUAAGAGACUGGAUCUAUACAACUUGUAUAGAGAGGUUGUUUCAAGAGGAGGCUUUCAUGUUGGUAAUGGCAUCAAUUGGAAAGGCCAAGUUUUCUCGAAGAUGCGAAAUUAUACUGCAACCAAUAAAAUGACUGGUGUUGGAAACACUCUCAAACGACAUUAUGAAACUUACCUUUUGGAAUACGAGUUAGCUCACGAUGAUGUAGAUGGAGAAUGUUGCUUGCUAUGCCACAGUAGUGCAGCUGGUGACUGGGUGAAUUGUGGUAUUUGUGGGGAGUGGGCCCACUUUGGUUGUGAUAGACGGCAAGGUCUUGGUGCGUUUAAGGAUUAUGCAAAAACAGACGGAUUAGAGUACAUAUGUCCACAUUGCAGCGUCACAAAUUUCAGGAAGAAAAUACAAAAACCCUCGAACGGGUUUUCAGACAGUCUAACAUAUUCAAGACAUGUGUGAUAAGUCUAAUUUUCCAAUUUCUUUUCAUCCUUUCAUCAAGGGUGGUAUUUUUACUCCCUUGGUUGAGAAAGUAAGUAUAUCUAUUAUUCCCGAGGGAGGAGUUGUCAAAUUGAUGGGGUUUCCCGGGACUUUUGUAAACGGAGGCUAUGCUUAGUAGAGGAGGCAGGCGAUACUCAGAAAGUGGACGGAGAUACAGAGAGGCAAGAAGGCAGGUGAAACACGAAAGCUUAAUCGCGACAUUUCUUGUGGUUUAUUUUCUUUUCAGCAGUCCUUUUUUCCCUGCACCAUGUUCGGUUGCAGAGAGUUUAUUUACAGGGUAUAGGAAAUGGAUCCAAGGAGAGAAGGUUUAGUGUAAAAUAAUUAGAGCAUAUGAUUUGUAUUUAGGUAGAUGUAGCAGUAUCAAAGAGAUGGAUCUUUCAUCAAUUCUUAUAAGGAGUUGACAUUGUUGUCUCUGUGCCUAACAGUGUAAAUUGCCUUAUUGUCUAUUUUUACCAUUUUUGUCA